ACAGCUCUGUUGAGUUGAGGAAGUGGUUGAGGGAGUGUUGGUGGGGCCGCCGCCUCUUUAAUACUCAGCGACACAAUGCCGCAGCGGGAAACGCCGGGGAACGGAGCCAUGGAGGUGGGCCAGGUCUACGAGAGAACCACUGAGCCCAUCCAGAGUACCGGGGGCUUCUGUAAUUUAGGCUACUUCUCCAGAAAAAGAUGUAUUGCGAAGGUGUUGGAAGUGGUCUUUUCAUUUCUCGCCUUUGUUCUGGAAGAGGUGGUGGCAAUCUGCAACGUCUGUCAUGCACUUUAUUUCUUCGAGUUUGUCAGCUGCAGCGCCUUCUUCCUGACUUUACUGCUGUUAAUUAUAUUGGGUACUUCUCUGAGACAAAAAGUGGACAGAAUCGACUGGAAAAAAGUGGACAUUUUUUAUACUGCUGUGAUAGCGUUGUUUUUCGUGAUUGCCUCAAUCGUGUUUGCAGCCAAGAAUGGAGGAUCUGACUUGGAGAAAGCUGCUGUGGCAUUUGGAUUCCUGGCUUCUUUUGCCUUCGUAGUGGAUGCUGUGCUGUAUUUGAUAGAAGAGAAAUGGAGCACUAGCAGAAAAGAAACAGGGCCACCUGAGACAACAAGAAGCUCUGAAAAUGUCAAAGGAGAGACAGAUCCAUUGAAUGAUCCUGCAACUGUACCUGUCUGAGCUGCAGAGGCAAACCUCGUGUUUUUAAAGAAAAAUAAAUAAUUUACCUGUUUUGUAUGUGUGUAUUUUAAAUGCUUGGACUUGAUCCAAGAAAAUAAACUGUUCAAAGAUCUCUCGUCUUUGGCCUAAAUGUCAGGUGUUUCUUUUCCUAGUUGUGAGUCGAACCCAUGAUACAAAUUGCUGAUUAUCAUUUAAGCAUGAUUCCUUUAUGUAUAUAUUUAAUAGGCAGAUGGGAUAAGAUUAAUGAACUUGGUGAUCUGUGGUCAUACAGUGUGUUGGUGUUUCUGGUCUGAACCUUUUCCCUAUUAUGAAGAAUUUACAUUUUGUUCAUGGAAACUGGGAUUUAAAUGAUAUCAUAACUUGCAUAUUGUGCCUCUUAAUUGUUUAAAUCAAUCUUGUUAUAUCAAAAAUAGUCUUGUUUAUAAUUGUUUAAAGCAAAAUGCCAACAAAAGUACACUAAUAUUCACUUUCUUUACACAAUUUAGUCAAGUUGCUUGAACAAUGAUAUUUAAGUACCUGCUUUAUCUUGUAUUCAGUUUAAGUCUAUGAAUGGACUUCU